UAGGUCAUUAAUUUCCAAAGGUUAAACAAAACGUGAACAAUAUAUCUAGGACACUGGACACCAACCCUAAUCAAGUAAUCAUCAUAUAAUAAGAAAUAAUUAUAUUAAUUUAUUACCUUAUGAGACUGACUAUAAUCAAAAGACGAAAUGGAUGGUUCUAAGUUGGCUGAUCGUCGAUCAAUAAUUGCAUUAGAACUAUUGACCACAGCACAUUGGAUGGGGUAGCAAGUACUUGAUUAUCAAUAAAAAAAAGGUUACCUUUCCCCAAUUCAUCAUCAGGAUGAGGCUGUUUUAUUAGCUGCAUAUCAACUGUUCGACGAAUUUUCCAAACCAGAUUAGGCUCAAUCUUCUGCUUCUGCUUCUGAAAACAUAUGUUUAUGGCAGGAAGAACUGCCUAAGAACGAUGCCCACGAAGUACUCACUAUGUUCAGCACUGAAUACUUGUUCCAAGACUCUCAACCAGCGCUUGGGUCUCCAAAUUCAUGCCCUUAUUAUUCAAAUGGGAUAUGAACAUAAUGUCUUUCUCAACACUGCUCUUAUCGAUUUGUAUGCAAAAUGUGAUGCCAUUUUCGACGCAAGAAGGGUCUUUUGCAGUAUGAAGCAACAUGAUCAAGUGUCAUGGACAUCAAUAAUUUCUGGGUUAUCAAAGAACGGCCAUGAAAGAGAAGCCAUGUGGAGGUUUAAAGAGAUGCUUAGUUCACAAAUCAAACCCAAUAGUUUUACCUAUGUUGGUGUUAUAAGUGCAUGUACAAAGUUAAAGGAGGGGCUUCAACAAGGCUCUUUGCUCCACUCACAUGUUAUCAAACUUUGUUUUAGUGAUAAUAAUUGUGUGGCCAGCUCGUUGAUUGAUUGUUAUUCAAAAUGGGGAGAAAUGGAUCAAGCAAAGUCUGUAUUUGAUGAGAUAACAGAGAAAGAUGGUGUUCUACUCAGUUCCAUGAUUUCAAGUUAUGCACAAAAUUUAUAUGGUGAAGAGGCUCUAAAGGUGUUCAUGGAAAUGAGGAGCAUGAGUUUGAGUCCAAAUGAUCAUACUUUAACGAGUGUUCUUAAUGCUUGUGGGAGUCUCGCAGUACUCCAAGAAGGAAAACAAGUGCACUCUUUGGUCACUAAAAUGGGCUCAAAAAGCAAUGUUUUUGUAGCCAGUGCUUUGAUAGAUAUGUAUUCAAAGUGUGGCAACAUUGAUGAAGCUCGUUGCAUAUUUGAUCAAACACUUGAAAAAAAUACAGUAUUAUGGACUUCAUUGAUCAUGGGAUAUGCUCAUAGUGGUCAGGGGUCAGAAGCACUUGAACUCUUUGAUCAUUUGGUGACUGAAGAAGGGAUCAAGCCAGACCAUAUAUGUUUUACAGCUAUUUUGACUGCCUGCAAUCAUGUAGGUUUUCUUGAAAGGGGAGUAGAUUACUUCAACAUGAUGAUCAAGGAUUAUGGGCUCGUCCCUGAACUUGAUCAAUAUGCUUGCUUGGUUGACCUGUAUGCAAGAAAUGGGCAUCUGAGGAAGGCAAAAGAGUUAAUGGAGGAAAUGCCUUAUAGUCCAAAUUAUGUAAUGUGGAGUUCCUUCUUGGGUUUUUGUAAGGUAUAUGUCGAAGUAGAAUUAGGGAGAGAGGCUGCCAAAGUGCUCAUUGAGAUGGAACCAUUUAAUGCUGCACCUAUUGUCACAUUGGCUCAUUUAUAUGCAAGAGCUGGUUUAUGGGCAGAAGUAGCAGAGGUUAGAAAAUUGAUGCAGAAAAACGACAUUAGGAAAAGUUGUGGAUGGAGUCGGUGGUUGAAGUAGACAUGAGUGAGUGAGCCACACCAUCUUAUCUUAACAGGUUCAUGUGCAUUUCUCAACCCAUAAUUAGAAAAAGAAAAGAUGUUCUAAGAAUAUGCUGUUUUGAUUGAUGCCCAAGAAGGGUGAAAAGAUGUUCUAUGGGAUGCAAGACCGGGAAGUGCUUGAUGGUCUUGCCUGCCCACUCUGACCCCGCUACCGCCGUUGAUUUCAGCCGUGAUGGGUCCCUCAUUGUUUACAGCAGCUACGAUGGGCUUUGUAUGAUUUGGGAUGCUUCGACUGGGCAUUGCAUGAAGACUCUAAUCGAUGAUGAAAACCCCCCUUGUUUCAUCUGUCAUGUUCUCACCCAAUGGGAGGUUCAUCCUUGUUGGGACUCUGGAUAAUGCUCUGAGGCUUUGGGACUUCUCAAAGGGCAAAUUUUUGAAGACCUACACUGGUCAUACUAAUUCGAAAUACUGCACUUCGGCUACCUUUUCCGUUACAAAUGGGAAAUAUAUCGUUAGUGGAUCUGAAGACAACAGUGUAUAUUGUGGGAAUUAUAGAGCAGGAAAGUAGUACAGAAAUUGGAAGGUCACACUGAUACAGUUAUAUCAGUAACUUGUCACCCAAAUGAGAACGUAAUUGCAUCUGGUUCACUAGGCAAUGACAAGACUGAAAAUCUGGACUCAGUCCAAAUAUUGAUCCAUUUCUCCAAAUGCCUCUGUAAUAUAAUUGCGCACUGGUGGCAAUGGCUGAGAUUUUGACCUGAGCAGAAAGAUUGGUUAUGGUAUUUAGCAAAACUCACUUUUUAGAGGAAUUAUAGGUAGGUCGCUGCUGCAUGAUUCUCACAAUGUAACGCUGUUAUUCUUAUUGUCUCAUUUGACAUUAUAUUCCUUCUCAGAUAUCAGGUAGAAAUUCUCUCAUUGUAUUUAGAAGUUGUUUCGUGGAUCUUUUUGUAGUCUCUGAACUGGGAUAUAUCAUAUGUGUUCAUAUGCUAAUCAAGUUAUAUCUUGGGGUCAACUGAAAAAGUUUGUGCUUCCAAGAAUUUA